AGAUGUGCAGUCGAAACCUUAUCUACUUCCCCCUUUUUCUCUUCAAUGGCGCUCCACUUCUCUUGCCAUGCCGCUGCUCUCAACACCCACCUCCACUGUAAACUGAAUGCUACUGUGAACAAACCCCAUGAGAAAGUUAGGGAUUUAAUUAUAAGAAGUAAAGUUCCUUCGAUCACAACUGUCCCACAAAAGUCUCUCCAGAAAGGCAAUUGGGUCAAGCUUAUCUGUGGUGCUAGCUUUGAGGAUGUGGUGGAUGUUAGGAAUCUUUCUCUUGUUUACACUCUGGCUGGAGUUGAUUGUAUUGAUUGUGCCGCGGACUUGGCGGUGGUGAAUGCGGUGAAUGAAGGGAUCGAUGCUGCAAGAACUAUCUUGCCUAUUAGAAGGCCUUGGGUUAUGAUAAGUGUCAAUGAUGAUGAGGAUCUUCACUUUCGUAAAGCUGAAUUUGAUCCAGACGAUUGUCCAAACGAUUGCUCAAGACCAUGUGAAAAGAUAUGUCCUGCUAACGCAAUAUCUUUCCAGGAUGCAUUCAGCUCAUAUAAGCCAGGAGUUAUAACGGAGCGUUGCUAUGGCUGUGGACGCUGUUUUCCAGUUUGUCCAUAUGAUAAAAUAAAAGUACAUUCGUAUUUAAGAGAUGCUGCUGCAACAUCUAAACUUCUUGAGAGAGAUGAUGUCGAUGCUCUUGAGAUACAUACCAAUGGAAGGCAGACUGAUUCAUUCAAAGAGCUUUGGGAUGGUUUGGGAGAAUCUGUUAAUCAUCUAAGGCUUGUGGCAGUUAGUUUGCCUUAUAUUGGAGAUUCAACUGUCUCCAUGAUGAACAAAAUGUACUCUAUUCUAGAACAGGAUCUCCGUUGCUUGAAUUUAUGGCAGUUAGAUGGCCGGCCAAUGAGUGGAGACAUUGGGCGAGGUGCCACUCGAGAAUCCAUUGCUUUUGCCCUUCGCUUGGCUUCUACUAACAACCGACCCCCUGGUUUUCUUCAACUCGCGGGUGGUACCAACGCUCACACAGUGGACGGGUUAAGAAAACAAAACCUCUUCCAAACGGCAACGGUUUCUGAAAGUUCAAGGGUGUCGAAUUCAAAUGCUUUGAUCAGCGGAAUUGCUUAUGGUGGCUAUGCUCGCAAGAUUGUUGGAAGGGUUUUGCAAUCAGAUUCAGAUUCAGAGGGUGGAGUUGGUGAGAUAGAAUCAUAUCCAGACCAUCUGUUAAUGGCGGUUAUUGAAGCUCUUGGGUUAGUAGGAGGGGUCAAGUCUUAUAAUAUGUAAAUAAUAAGAAUAAUAAUUAUGAGCUUGUUUGUUAGCAUUUUAAUGGGAUUAACAAGACUCGUAACUUAUUUUGACAGCGUAAUUGUUUGGGAGUGGCUUAAUGAUAUAAAAAGUGGCUUAUUCAGUACUCUUUC